AUGCUCUUGGCGGUGCUCGCAGCCUCCGUGUGUUGCCAGGUCGCGCUGUGCGGCUAUGGAGGGAUGUUCGCAGCACAGACGUCUCCUCCAGACCCCUGCUACGAUGAACACGGCAACCCGCGGCGCUGCAUCCCGGACUUUGUCAACGCGGCGUUUGGCAAAGAGGUCAAAGUGUCCAGCACAUGCGGAAAAACUCCCAGCCGCUAUUGUGUGGUCACUUCAGUAGAGAAGGGCGCAGAGAGGACUAGAAACUGCCACACGUGCGACGCGUCUGACCCGAAGAAGUAUCAUCCGCCCGCGUAUCUGACCGACCUCAAUAACCCGCACAACCUGACCUGCUGGCAGUCCGAGAGCUUCAAGCAGCACCCGCAGAACGUCACUCUCUCACUGUCCCUGGGGAAGAAGUUUGAGGUGACUUAUGUCAGUCUGCAGUUCUGCUCUCCUCGCCCCGAGUCUAUGGUCAUCUACAAGUCAAUGGACUACGGGAAAACCUGGGUACCAUUUCAGUUUUACUCCACUCAGUGCAGGAAAAUGUACAACAAACCAAACAGAGCCGCGAUAACGAAGCAGAACGAGCAGGAGGCUGUGUGCACCGACUCCCACACGGACAUGUACCCGCUCACCGGGGGACUCAUCGCCUUCAGCACCCUGGACGGGAGACCCUCCGCGCACGACUUCGACAACUCCCCGGUGCUGCAGGACUGGGUAACGGCCACAGACAUAAAAGUGAUCUUCAGUCGGCUGCACACUUUCGGGGACGAGAAUGAGGACGACUCGGAGCUGGCAAGGGACUCGUACUUUUACGCCGUGUCUGACCUGCAGGUGGGCGGCAGGUGCAAGUGCAAUGGACACGCAUCCCGCUGCAUCAGAGACCGGGACGGGAACCAAGUGUGCGACUGUAAGCACAACACCGCAGGGCCCGAGUGCGACAGGUGCAAGCCCUUCCACUACGACCGGCCAUGGCAGCGCGCAACCGCCAGAGAGGCCAACGAGUGUGUGGCGUGUAACUGUAACCUCCACGCCCGGAGAUGCCGCUUCAACAUGGAGCUGUACAAACUGUCGGGAAGGAAGAGCGGAGGAGUCUGUCUGAACUGUCGCCACAACACGGCCGGCCGCCACUGUCACUACUGCAAAGAAGGAUACUACCGAGACCUGUCGAAGCCCAUCUCACACAGGAAGGCAUGCAAAGCAUGUGAUUGCCAUCCUGUGGGCGCUGCUGGCAAAACCUGUAACCAAACCACAGGCCAAUGUCCCUGUAAAGACGGCGUCACUGGUAUCACGUGCAACCGCUGUGCUAAAGGCUUCCAGCAGAGCCGCUCGCCCAUUGCCCCCUGCAUAAAAAUUCCAAUUGCACCCCCAACCACGGCCUCCACCAGCCCGGAGGAACCUUCUGACUGUGAGUCGUAUUGUAAAGCUUCAAAAGGGAAGUUGAAAAUCAAUAUGAAGAAGUACUGCAAAAAGGACUAUGCUGUCCAAGUGCACAUUCUGAAAGCAGACAAGGCCGGAGAGUGGUGGAAGUUCACCGUCAACAUCAUCUCGGUGUACAAACAGGGCGAGAGCCGCAUCCGCCGCGGAGACCAGUUCUUGUGGGUGCGGGCCAAAGACGUGGCCUGCAAGUGUCCAAAAAUCAAACCGGGAAAGAAAUACCUGCUCCUGGGCAACAAUGAGGACUCCCCCGGGCAGAGCGGCGUGGUGGCUGACAAGGGCAGCCUGGUGAUCCAGUGGAGAGACACGUGGGCUCGCAGGCUCCGGAAGUUUCAGCAGAGAGAGAAGAAAGGCAAAUGCAAGAAGCCCUGA